ACCAAGGAUGCCCUCUUCACUAUUCUCCAUGACCUCCGACCCCAGGACCGGUUCAGUAUCAUUGGAUUUUCCAACCGGAUCAAAGUGUGGAAGGACCACUUGAUAUCAGUCACUCCUGACAAUAUCAGAGAUGGCAAAGUCUACAUUCACCACAUGUCACCCACUGGAGGCACAGACAUUGAUGGGGCCCUCCAGAGGGCCAUCGCGCUGCUCAACAACUACGUGGCCCACAAUGACAUUGAGGACCGGAGCGUGUCCCUCAUCAUCUUCCUGACAGAUGGGAAACCCACCGUCGGCGAGACCCACACCCCCAAGAUUAUCAACAACACCAGGGAGGCCGCCCGAGGUCAAGUCUGCAUCUUCACCAUCGGCAUUGGGAAUGACGUGGAUUUCAAGCUGCUGGAGAAACUGUCGCUGGAGAACUGUGGACUCACACGGCGCAUUCAUGAGGAGGAGGAUGCGGGCUCACAGCUCAUCGGGUUCUACGAUGAGAUCAGGACCCCUCUCCUCUCUGACAUCCGCAUCGAUUAUCCACCCAGCUCAGUGGAGCAUGCCACCAAAACUCUGUUCCCCAACUACUUUAAUGGCUCAGAAAUCAUCAUUGCAGGGAAGCUGGUGGACAGGAAGUUGGAUCAACUGCAUGUGGAGGUCACCGCUAGCAACAGCAAGAAAUUCAUUAUCCUGAAGACAGAUGUGCCUGUGGAGCCCCAGAAGCAGGGGAGUGACAUCCCAGGAAGCUCUAGUCCCAAAGGUAAUGGGGAGGAGGACCGCAACCACAUUGAGCGUCUCUGGAGCUACCUCACUGUGAAGGAACUGCUGAGCUCCUGGCUGUGGAGUGCUGACGAGCAGGAGAAGGAGCGGCUGAGGCAGCAGGCCCAGGCUCUGGCGCUGAGCUAUCACUUCCUCACCCCCCUCACCGCCAUGAAGCUGAAGAAGUUGGUGUCUCCCACAGACAGACUGGAGGAUGCCUAUGGCAUGUCUGCAGCGAUGGGACCCGAAAUGGUGAUGCAGAGCUUGCGGGGAGGCAGCUCCCAGCCAG